GUAGCAAUUCAAAUUCUGUCGAUAGUCAUUUCGAACGGUCGCACGAGAUAACCUCGCAUCAUAUUUAUGUCUGGUAAUACCUACUCGCUACUGCUCUCAUUUCCUAAAUUUUAUAUCUACGUAGAGUUAAAUCAAUUAUUAAACAAAUUCGUUUCGUAAUAAGAUUCGACGGAAUAUUCUGGAUAGUGCACGGGGAUAUUUAUUGGCUAGCUAUAUAGAAUCGAAUUCUAUUUGUGCAUUCUAAGUCUAUACAAGUAUUAAAUCCAUCGGCACAUGUAAUAUAGCUGAAAUAGAUUGCAAUCAACCGAUGCACGCAGCUUUGAAACCCCUAGCUUGGCUGGAGGGAACAUGGAAAGCAGAGAAUACAGGAGAAGGCAAAUUUCCAACGAUUAAGCCGUUUAACUUUUGCGAGGAAAUUAAUUUCUCCUCGAUUGGUCAACCGAUGUUGAACUAUGUGGGUCAGAGCUGGCAUUCGGAAAAGAAAAAGCCAAUGCACAGAGAAGUUGGUUUUUUGAAAAUAAUUCCUGGUUCAAAUAAAGUUUCUCUUAUUCUGGCACAUAACUUCGGCUUGACCACAAUCGAGGAAGGCAACGUCAACGAUUUUGAAAUAAUAUUAAAAAGUACAAACGUUUCAAGAAUGUCUGAGGGGUGCAAAGAACCUGCGGUUCUUAAGACUGAACGAGAAUUUCGACUGGUUGGAUCUCUGCUAGAGCAGACUAUUCGUAUGGCUACUACAAAUGUAGGCGAGACGUCGGAGCAUAUUCGCACCGUUUACCAGAAGAUUGAAAAGUAACUUUUGCUUUGAGACUGAAACAAAGGUAACGGCAUAACACACUAAAUCUUGUUUUAUAAUGAAGCUUAUGUCGAUACGUUUUCUUAGCAUUUAGGUACAGUUGCAUUAAGAUCAUAUUUUGAUUCAGCGAAUAUUUAUUUAUCAUGUAGCGAUGGAAGUGUAAAAAGUUUACUGUUAUCAUCUUGAAUACCUGAUACUUGUGUC